CUUUUUUUCCAAACAAAAUAAUAAUGACAAUGACAUGAACUUAGCUGUGGAUGGAUCUGACCAAAGAUUUUCCAAUCUUUGUUCUUUUUCAAGCAUAAACUCUAUUUGAUCCUUGGAAAUGAAAGCUCUCUCAUCAAAACACUCUCUGCAAAUACAGUUCAAGUCUCUUUGCGGCAUGGCUCAAACACUUUCUGCAAGUCUCUUAUACCUUCCGUUUCUUGUUUUUCUUCCUAUCAUUUUCAUUAUCCUCAAGCAAUUCUACUUUUCACCAUCAAAACAAUGUCGCCUUCCUCCAGGCCCCAGGCCAUGGCCUAUCUUAGGCAACAUUCCUCAUGUUGGGAAAAAACUACACAUUUCAUUGACAAACAUUGCCAAAGUCCAUGGCCCUUUAAUUUCACUUAGGCUGGGCACUCUACUUGUCAUUGUUGGCUCUUCAACAAACGCAGCUAUUGAAAUUCUGAAAAAUAAUGAUCGUUUGCUUUCUGGUAGAUCUAUCACAAAAGCAAUUCCUUGUAAAAGCCAUGUUCUUGAACUCACAGCUCUUGUUUUCAACCCCACAUGCAAUGGUCAGUGGAAGUUCUUCAGAGCCCUGUGUAGGACAGAACUUUUCUCCGUCAAAGCAGUUGACGCACAAGCUGCUUUGAAGGAAAAGAAAAUGACAGAAAUGAUAGAAUAUUUAAGUAGCAAAGAGGGAGAAGUAGUUAAUAUUGGAGAAAUUGUGUUUGCUACGGUUUUUAAUACAAUUUCUAAUCUUCUAUUUUCUAAGGAUUUUAUUAGUUUGGAAAAUCAAAGGUUGAAAAUUUUGCUGUCAAGAAUGAUGGAGUUGGGCGCUACUCCUAACAUGGAAGAUUUUUAUCCUAUAUUUGGAGAGUUGGAUCCUCAAGGUGUUAGAAGAGAAAUGGCAUAGUGUCUUAAAGAAAUGUUCGGCAUAUGGGAAAUUUAUAUAAAGGAAAGAAGAGAGAGAAAUGAAAAUGCACAUAAUGCUUCAAAUACAGAUUUCUUAGAUGUUUUUCUUUCAAAUGGAUUGGAUGAUGAUCAAAUCAAUUGGCUGUUUAUGGAAUUAUUUAGUGCUGGUUCAGACACUACGACCGCAUCAGUUGAGUGGGCAAUGGCCGAGCUUCUCAAGAACAAACAAGCCAUGAAAACACUUGAGCAAGAGCUAGAAACAGAAAUUAAUAAAAACCCAAUUCAAGAAUCCCAGGUUUCUCAACUUCCAUAUUUAAAUGCAUGUUUGAAGGAAACCUUGAGAUUGCACCCUCCUGUUCCAUUUCUUAUCCAUCACUCUACUGAGGCCGGUGAAAUUAUGGAUUUUGUGGUGCCAAAAAAUACUCGAGUAUUAGUAAAUAUUUGGGCAAUUACACAUGAUCCCUUUAUUUGGGAAGAUUUAGAACUUUUUAAACCUGAAAGGUUUCUUGACUCUGGUUUAGACUUUAAAAGCCAAAACUUUGAUUUCUUACCUUUUGGUUCAGGAAGGAGGAUGUGCCCAGGACUGCCUAUGGCUACAAGGCAACUUCCAUUGAUUUUAGCCUCUUUAAUAUAUUGUUUUGAUUGGUCUCUUCCAAAUGAUGAAGAACCUGCUCUGCUAGACAUGAAUGAUAAGUUUGCCACAGCUUUACAGAAGGAGCAACCUUUGCUCAUUGUUCCUAAGAGAAAACUAUAAAUUACAGAUUCCAUGUCCAUGGCUACGUUCCAUUUUAGUAGUUGUAAUAACAACUUCUAUCUUUAGUUAAAUUGGAUUAUGAUUUUAAUAAUAAUAUAUAUGAGUUGCCACUGCUGUAGUAUUAA